UUCGCGUAGUGCGUAAGUGUUUUGUUUUGUCGUUUUUGUUAUUAUUCGGUUGGAGCAAAAAUACGAUAGUUGCUCAGUGUACAGUGAAAUAAAUUUCGGUUGAAAUAUUUCGAGUUUUACAAUGUGAAAGCCAUGUCUUUUUUUUCGCCAAAUAUUGUGAUUAUUCUGUUAUGUUAUAUCAUGUUUAAAUUAUAGUAAAAACUAAAAUUGUUCUAUGAUGUGUGAUCGAAUCAUAAUUGUAUCACUACUUCUUUUGUUUUAUCGGACUAUCCUCGCUGAUAACUUAGCUUUAUUGACCGGCACGCUUAGAACAUAUCACAGGGUCGGCUGUGAAACCCACUCAAUGGCGCUCACGUGUCCGACGGGCACCAUCAUUUCUGUACAAACAGCUCAAUACACGCCUGGAUCAUCAGUGCUUCCAUGCAUUGAUACCAAUUUACCCAAUAUUUACAAUAACAGUUGUAAUUGGCCACCAGGUUUACAGUAUUCACUCCUGCAAACUGUGGUUGAAGCAUGCCAAAAAAAACAACAAUGCAGAGUUCAGCCGUCUGCUGCGUUUAAAUACGAUCCAUGCCCGGGUAAUAUAAAGUUUAUUCAAGUAGACUACAAAUGUCGACCUUUUGAAUUUAGAAGUAAAGUAGCAUGUGAAAAUGAAGUUGUUCAACUGCAUUGUAAUCAAAAUUCAAGGUUAGCCAUAUUUUCAGCUAGCUACGGUAGAACAGAGUAUGAGAGUAUACAAUGUCCUCAACCUCAAGGUGUGCCAGAGGAAACUUGUCUAGUAAGCUACGCUACGGAAACUGUAAUGUCAGUUUGCCACGGCAAAAGAAAUUGUAAGCUUGCAGCGGAUACUGCAACGUUUGGCAAUCCUUGUAAGCCGGCCUCAAGAAUGUACUUAAAAGUAGUCUACAACUGCGUACCCAGGAGGGUUUUAAAAGAACAAUUCGAAGAACCCGCUCACUCCGACGAGCCAACUGUAAUGGAACUAGACUACUUUGACAACCCGGGCGUAGCACCAAUACAGCCAUUUGAAUCGUUAUCGCCACCAGCUAACGAUCCAAGACAUAACAAGUCAACUUUUGACAAUUCAGACUACAGUAAUUCAUCCAGCUCGUCUUUAGGUACGAUAUCUCGACAUUUGUCUCAACAGCCAAUUGUGAAUCUUGGACAAAAUGCUACUACAAAAAAAACAGCUAGUGAAAGUAGCGUUUUAGCUAAACUCGUUACAUUUGGUUACAUAACAUACAAAAUAUCUCAUAAAAAGCGGGAAAAGCUUUACAUUUAUUUAGGUGGUGCCUUAAUCGGUGGAAUAUUGUCACUGAUGUGCGUAAUAGGAAUCAAGUUCGCAUGGCAACGUUCCAGACGUCAUUUAGACAGCAAACACCAAUCCGAAGUCUCAAAUCAUGAUCUAUCAUCUGAUCCAAACGCUUUUGGUGACAAUAUCAGUGAGGUAGAUGCUGAUAUAGAUUUAACAGAUAUCACACAACUACCCAUUACUGUAAUACCAACACAAAUUCAACAACUGUCACCAAGUGAAGUGGUUAGAUUUGGCAAUGGUGGUAUUGCGCCAAAGAGUUUAUGUAGAAAUGAUAGUUCACAAUAUUUUUAUGGAUGACAAAACAACAGCAAGGCAAUGGUUAAUAGGUUGCCUUGCUCAUCUCAAGCAUCAACAAAACCUACUACAUCCAGAAUGUAUUGUUUCUAAUGAAAGGAUUUUGAUGAUGACACCGUUGAAUGAGCUUAGAAAACUUAAUUUAAGAUAUAAAUUGAUAAGACUUCCGAAUUCAUAAUUAGUCGUUAACUUUUUUUAACAUAAAUUUAUUGCAAUAGUAUUUAAACACUUUAUAGAGUGAUUAUUUUAUCUUUCUUUUAAUACUUUAAAACCUGAGUUGUAUGUUAUAUCACUUACUUUUUUUAAAAAGGUCGAUUUAUUUUAAUUUUUUAACAUACACGCAGUAUUCAAAACCUUAAGUAUUAAUUAAGAUUUUUAUAUAACGUAAAUAUUUAUAAUAGAAAAUAUUUUUUAAAUAAUUAACUAUCUUAAUACAUCUAUCUAUCUAUUAUUUGCUAGAUAUUAUAAUUUUAAAAAAAUUGGCUCAAAUUUAACCCUAUAAAUUUAUUAAAAAUGUUUGUUUUCGUUUAAAUAUAUUUUACUAAUAAAUACUUAGGAAAGAUAAAACAAAUCACGUUUAAGUAUCUUAUAUUAAGAUAAUUUUAUAAGGUUGUACAGUAUAUUAAAAUUUUAAGUAUACUAAAAAUAUUAGAAGUUUGAAUAAUUCACCUACAAAUACAUACAUAUUGUCACUAACGCACAAAAAAAUAUCUAUCACAGAUUCAUUUAUUUAAAUUAUUUUUGAAACAUCUUUUGAUAUUUUAAAUAUCUCAAUACCAAAAGAAUAAUGAUUGAUUGAAUAAUUAUUUUACAAUUUGAAUCAAUAAUGUCACAACAUUUUUUUUACUGUCUAUCCAAAAUAAUAAAGGACUGUUAUUAGUGUUAUGACACAUGCCCUCUUUUAUUCUGUAGCAUUCUCCAGUUAGGUAAUUAUUAACAUACAUUUAUUUAAUACAAUAUAUAUAUAUAUAUAUAUAUAAUUCUAACAAAUAAAAAUGGUUUGUAAGAUUAUACUAUUAUUGUAACACCAAAAUUAAAUUAAGGUAAUCAAUUAUUUUAUUUUAUAUAGUUAUUUUAAUUUAUACACUUAGUUAAUAUUUAAUUUACAUAAAUCCUAAUUACAAGAACUUCUAUUUUAAUAUCUUAUUCCGUUCCUCCAUAAUAUACUGAUAAAACUGUAUAGUUUUUAUUAAUUUAUUUAUUAUUUAAUUCAAUUAACCGUUUAAAACAAAAUAAGCGAUGUUAAAGCAUUUUAUUUUUUAUUUCAAAAAUAAUGAUUAUCUACUUAAAUAAAUGAAAUAAAAUUAUAGAUAUGGUUUUUAGGAUUUCUCGACACAACUUUUUGUAGCUACAUAUGCAAUUGAGCCGUAAUGGUAUUACAUGUACAAAUUCAGUUCUAAUUUAUAUAAAUGAAUGUUAUUAGAUUUAAUAAUUCGACUCUAUAAUAAUUAUAAUAAUAUUACAAAGUAUUAAUUAUCACCUAUCUAGAAAACACAGUUUAACUAACAACAAACAAAUACAUGGUAAACAAAAUAUAUUUAAGUCGCUAAGACAAAAGCAUUCAUUUUUUUCGUAAACGUACAAAACAUAUCCUAGCAAAAAAUAACGUAUUUACAUUAAAAACUUUUUUAAGGAGUCACACAAAUAAAUUUACAGUAUCUUAUUUUAUAGUUAUUUAAUACCACUUUCGAUUAAUUUUACAUUACAUACAAAAACAUUUUGCACUAUGGAAGAAAACUAAAAAAAAAAUCUAAUUUUGUUAGCUCGAUUUUUUUCAGAUCAAAUACCAUUUUUAUCUAGCUUACUUUAUAAAUCCUUAAAUAGAGGUAAGCGAUUAUGUCCUUAAUAAUCCAUAACGAUGCAUUCUUCAAAAAUAAUUAAAAGAAAAUUAGAAAAAUUAAAAAUGUAUAAAUUAUUAUUUUUUUUUCUGUUAGUAAAAUUUUCAAAAUUUAUAUAAUUUUCAAAGGCAAAAUUAAAAUUUUUGUCGAUUAAAAAAUUACAACACAGUAAAUAUUUGUAUAUAACAAUGCAAAUUAACCGGAGAGAUACAAUAUUUAUAAAUACUAGUAAAUAUUGCACUUAUAAAUAUUGAGCAGAUAUUAAUUACAUAAAGUAAACAAAAAUUUCGAAAAAUUAAUAAUUUUAUUUAUACACACAAUUGUAUUAAUAUAAAUUGUGAAAAACAAUUAACAAUUUUUAAGUAUACAA